AUAUGAAUUUAUCCCCGCCUUUGUGGAGUACGCGGAGCCAUUCAAAAUGAAACAUCGGCCAAACAGAAACACAGUGUACGGGUAUUCAACAAGCGGCGGCGUUGGUGCUUAUGAGAUCAAGGGCGAAAUGAACGGAGUUUUCAUGAAAUACCUCAAAGCCCAUCUGAAUCAGCAAGUUUCCGUUAUACAAAUGAUCAAUGACACGCUACGAGUUGAACAGCUUUCUUCGAAGCUAGUUGUAAAAUUCAUCUUAAAGAAACUUGAUGAAGUAAACCCCUUAGAUAUCGAAGGCGAUGAAAAAGUGUGCGAUGUGCAAGUGCCAGAACUGAGGUCAACUUUAACUAGGCCUCGAUCGCUGACAGAUCCAUUAAUCUGGGAUGGGCAUACUGUCUCGUUUGAUCAUCACACUAUUCACUGGCGCCUUAUGCAUGUGGCCAAUUUUCAAUUCCCUAGUUUUCCAGAAUUACCAAAUCCCGUACACGUGCGUUUCGAUGAACUAGCUUUGAACGUUACGAUAUGGUUCGAUUUUUGCGGCCAUUUCACAAAUAAGGUAUAUGUGUUUUCGUCUGUUGGUGACCUCAUAGAUGAUGCGACAGAAGAAUUCGAGGAUAAAAGACUAUCAGAGAACGCACUCUCCCACAUUGCCUACCUUUCUUUCCCACCGGAACUGGAUGCUUCAAAGGAAAGAUUGGUUUCUGAUGACGACGAGGGUGUCUCGCUCUGCUUACUUCUUUCGCAUCUCCAACGUUCGAAAGGAGAAUUGAAAUGCACAAUACUGUUGAAAUCUACAGCUGAUCAAGAAGUCGUUGCAACGCGCGAAGUCAUCCUAGGCCACGUUUUGAUUACAAGAAUUGAAAUGUUCAAGUAAUA